AUGAACCAAAAUAGUGAAGCAGCAUCAACUUGGAUUGCCAAGAAAUUGGUUGAUAGUUUUAAGGAUAAUCCACACAUGGAGUUAGAUACUAUGAAAGUGAAGCUUAACAAACUAUUUGAAAUCGAUGUUUCAAGAAUGCAAUUGUAUAGAGCCAAAAGGAGGUGCAAGGAGGAGUUUGAGGGUGAUCAUGGGAGCCAAUAUGUAUUGCUACCAACAUAUGUUAAGGAAAUUAAAAAAACAAACCUUGGUAGCUUAGCUGUCAUAAAUUAUGACCUGCGUCCUACCCUAAUCUCAAAAGAUGGAGAAGAACUAGACCGGGUGAAUGGUAGUCACUUGAAGGGUUCCUAUAGUGGAGUGUUAAUUUCAGCAGUUGUCUUAGAUGGAAAUAAUGGUUUGUUUCCAUUGGCAUUAGCAGUGGUGGAGGGUGAAUGUAAGACAGGCCUUGACAAGAUUGUGAGUGACACUAUACCAGAGGCUACUCAUAGAAGAUGUUGCAUGCACUUAUUCAACAAUUUCAGGGCCAAAUUACCUGGAUUGAUAUUGAGGAAGCAAUUCUGGAAGGCAGUAAGGACAUACAAUGAGAGGGAGUAUGAUCAACCUAUGCAAUCCAUUAAGGAAAUUUCAAAUGAUGCUUUCACAUGGCUGCAAAAAGUUACAAUUGAAGGAAGGGUCCUUCAACAAUUGGUUAGGAAAUAUGAGAUACCAACCAAUUCUAUCCAUGUUGGAGAACAUAAGGUGCAAGUUGAUAGAGUAGAGUAUGCUGGAGGUCAUGAGUAUGAGGUGAAGGAUAAUGAAGGGGCGAAUCACAUUGUCCAUCUUGGCAUGAUGACUUGUAUGUGUAGAGAGUGGGAAAUUUCUAGGGUCCCAUGCAAACAUGCUGUGGCUGCAAUUUCUCAUAGUAGAUUGACCUUAGAAGAUUUUUUCCACCCAUACUACUCUAAGAAAAAUUACUUGAGAGCCAAUGAUGGGCUAAUACAUCUCAUCUUAGACCAUACCAUGUGGACACUUAUACCUAGGGACCCUUUACAAUCCCCACCUCUGAAAAGAUUGCCAAGAAGGCCGAGGAAUUCUAGGAAGAGGGUUGCUCAUGAGCCUCUAGCUGGAACAAGUCAAAGUAAGAGGUCUUGUACAUUGAGAUAUAAAUUGUGCACGCAAUUUGGGGGCAAUAAGAGAACUUGCCAAAGAGGUCCAGUAAGGGGUGAAGCUAAUGGAAGUGGCACAAGUGCUAGUAGAGGUAGUGGCACAAGUAGUGGUAGGGUUAGUGGCACAAUUGUGGAUAGGGGCAGAAGUUCUGUGAGAGGCACUUCAACUAGGAAAGGCACUUCAAUUGGGAAGGGCACUUCAACUUGGAGGGGACAUUCAACUGGGAGAGAACAAUCAAGUGAGAAAGGAAGUUCAACUGGAAGAGGCAGGGGCAAGGGCAAGGCUAAGCAUGCACAUUGGAAUGUUGUAAUUGAACAGACAUAA